AUGCUAGGAUGCUGCGCCGUGCUCUUGGUGCCGCUACUGGCAGUAUUGAUAGGGAGCGGCUUGGUGAUCGUCGACGUGAAGCCGCUGUUCGCAUUUGCUGGCAAAGCAUUGCCCAGCUUCGUUCCAAAAGAUGCAAAAGCGGUGCCUAACUCAGAAGUUCGCAACUUCCUGCUUCAAGCUGGCUUGAAGGGAAAAGCUGCGGCAAGCCCUCAGUACGAGAAAUUGCCCCUGAAGGGGGUUUUCAUGUUUGAUCAAAUGGGCCCUGCUGGCUGGAUUGACUUCUCAUACGUUUCUUCAUGGGAUGCAGACAAGGGCGAAGCUGUCAUCAACAUGUGGGAUCUCACGGCUCCCAGUGGUGUCCCUACACCCAAAUACGGCGGCAUCGGCCCCUACUUUCCAGGAGGCUAUUUGCUUGCAGCAACCGAGUGGCUGCAAUACCGAGUGCGCUUUUCGUGCCCGCCUCUGCAGGACGGGAAGUAUUGCUUGCUGAAGGAGUCUGUCUUUGGGAAGCCUUUUGCAGACAAGGAUGAUCAAGGAGGGCCCAUGCUGUGGCACAUGACACAGUUCGACGGCGGUCGGAAGUUUGUCCGCGACACUUGGCUGGUUCCGCCCUGGGGGACGGCAGAUACUUCAGCUAGCAAGUUUCACAGCUACAGCUUGCUAAAGCUGAUGGACGCGAAUGGAGCCAUCGAUGAGGAAAACUUCCAGCUGUUCAUGGAGAAGCUGGAUGGCCAGGAUUUGCUCGUUCCUGCGGCCAUGGCUCCGUGA